GAUCCAAGGACAAAGAUUCUGCCGCUCUGGGGUCCUCUUUGGGAUUCAGUGCCGGCUCUAAUUCGCUACAUGCGGUGGAGCACCGUCGAUCGAAAGGGAAGAUUAGCUUCCAUGCACUCACCGCUUUUUUGGUCAAUGUUCCCAGGGUCCAGGGGCAGCGCGACAACACAGCCCUCUUUUGGUCCCAGCGACUGCAAUUCUUUUGCGGCGCGUUUUCCUAUCCUUUCCUUAACCCCCUUUCUCCUUCUCCCCCCCUCCCCAAGUCCUAAUCAGCCGCAAUGGCGCCGAAGUCCUCCUCGUCCUCCGGCAUGGGCGGGUGGCUGAAGUUCCUGGCCAUCGUGCUGGGCGUGCUGACACCCGUCUACUACCUCCUGGAACAAAACCUGGAGCGCUUCUACAUUUUUGAGCUGGAUCAGCUGCACGAUGUGGCCAAGCGCGGCAUCGCGGCCCACGGCAACGACACGCGCGCCAUCGUCAAACACAUUGUCGAUGAGCUGGCCGGCCAGGUCAGCCUGACAAGCUACAUCAACCGCGACGAGGAGUGGAUCUUCAACAACGCCGGCGGCGCCAUGGGCGGCAUGUACAUUAUCCACGCCAGCGUAACCGAAUACCUCAUCAUCUUCGGCACCGCCGUCGGCACUGAAGGCCACACGGGCCGGCACACGGCCGACGACUACUUCCACAUCCUCACCGGCACGCAACUGGCGUAUGUGCCGGGCGAAUACAGCCCCGAGAUCUACCCGCCCGGGUCCGUGCACCAUCUGCGCCGCGGCGACGUUAAGCAGUACAAGAUGCCCGAAGCCUGCUUUGCGCUCGAGUACGCGCGCGGGUGGAUCCCGCCCAUGCUCUUCUUUGGCUUCGCCGACGGUCUAACGAGCACGCUGGACGUGCCGACGCUGUGGCGCACGACGUGGGUUACGGGGAAGCUGAUGCUGGGGAACUUGGCAAGGGGCAAGUUUUAGACGAAAGGUGCCCGAGAAGAAGAAGAGGGGCGGGCCAAGGUUGCUUCAAUGUUGUUUUUUUACGAGAGGAUAGAGCGCAAGUCGAUGCUUUGCCGCCGCGCCAUGUUGAGGGGGGUUGGGGCUUGGAUUGGGAUAGAGAUGGACUACACAAAGUUGCACCGGGGAACUAGAGGCCAUGUAUUGUGUCAAGAUACUUGUACGAUCAACUAAUGCAUAAUUGGACCCUUAAGGGUUCAAUGCCCAAAUCGUACAGUCCCGUUGUUCAGUCUGGAAUACGGAGUAUGGGAGGCUCAAUCCCGUUGUUGCUGGACAAAUAAGUUGCGCUCACCGAGUCUGGCAUCAUGAUACCUGUAUCUCG